AUGACCAAUUGGCAAGUUUUUCCAAAAGAACAAAAGUCUGUUUAUUUUAUCCCGUCAAAAACUGAAGGUAGUCAUCAAACGCAUGCAAAAGGAAAGUUAAUUGAGAGAUGGAAGAAUGUUGCACGUAGGCUAAGAUGUGUUGGUGCUAUAUCAUAUGAUAGAGUAAAGCCAUCAAAAACUGUAAAUACAAUAUCCCAGUCUAUACAUUUUUCAGAUGAAGUACUUGAAGUUAAAAAAUGGCUUAUUUCUGAUGGGCUAAAUUUUAAUUUAUAUGAUAUUAGAGACAAGUGGGAAUUCACCUUUAACUUAAGGAAAAAUGACAUAUUUGAUUUAACUUCCUUAUCUGAUGUGUUUAAAGCAUGGCCAAUAUUUCAAGGUCCUAAUAGUUAUGAACUAAUUCUGGAGGAUUUUAAAAUUGGAUACCAAAAAACUAAUACACAUGAAGAUUUUAAGAAUUCCUGGGAAAAGUUUUCCAAACGUUUGAUUGAGAUCAGAAAAUCAUCUAUAAAGGAUAAGCAUGCCCUAACACUUCUCAAACGUUUGGAUUCUUCAAAUUUGAAUGGAGAUUUAAUGACUUCUAAUAUUAUACGGAUACUAUUAGUUCCAUACCUCAUACCAACAAAAACUCAAAUAAAAAAUUGUUCUUCUAACGCAAGAAACAAGUUUUGGAAACCAUCACUGUUUGAAUCAGCCUUAUCAUUUGCGACUCAUGUAACGAAUAUUACAAAUUUUAACGAGGAUUUUACCCAAAGACAAAAUAGAUACUCUGAGUACGGAGCUACUAUCCAACCUUAUAUUGUGUUUGUUGGUCCAGAUAUAGAAUCCAUUUCAUCAAUCUAUGUCAGAAUAGAUGAACACUUUUGGUGCUUUGAAUGUCCCCUGAAAGCACUAGAAGUGUGCUUCAAAUCUUAUUUUGUAUUUCACCGAAGUUACCCGAAAGAAUCCCACGAUAGUUGGUUAGUCAUUCAACAGUUGUUAUUUAAACUAAAUACAGAAUAUGACAGACCUACAUCCAUUACAACAACUGUAAUAGGAAUGUUUGAAUAGUUUUACAAGAGUCAGGAACAGUAUACUUGUUAAACACAAUAUUUAUAUCUACAUAACUAUUAUUUUUAAGCGCUGGUCUUAUUCAUUUUUAUUAAAAGAAUAACUUAAUUAUUUUUAGCCUAUU